UCAUCGUCGUCGCUGCUGGCCGCACACAUCCUCGGAUCGAAUCGAGUCGAGUACUGCGAGUACUGCGAGUCCUGUGAGUCCUGCGAAUCCUCAGCCUCUGCGAGCCAGGAUUCACUGCUCUUUGGGCAGCAACGCGACAACAAGUUGAACUCGGCUCGAGCGAAGCUACCACCGACCAUCAUCAACUGGCGCUAAUCCGUCGCUAUAAACACGACAGUCGAAAAUACAUAUAACCAAAUCCGAUCAUUUCGAUCAAUUCGAAUCGAGUGAAUUUCCAAUUUCCAGCUUUAAUGCAAUCGAAUCGAACGCAAAGCAAAGCGGAGCGAAAAUAAAUAAAUAAAACGUAAAACUCAGCGGAAAGUAAUAAAAUAAGAGCGGACACGUCCCACGAAAACCCGGAGGAGGAAGCCAAAGUGUCAACAAGGACACUUCAAAGGACAGCGAACACCGGAGAGUAGGAGCAGCGGAGUAGCAGAGGAGCAGAGUAGUUGGGAGCAGAUUGUCUACACCCCGAAGACAGUCAGUAGCGAAUUGCCCGCUGGCGAGCAAUUGAGCAAUUUUGCAAAAUGGAUGCGCUACGCUUCCGUGGUUCACCAUUCGCCCGCUUCACGGGCCAGUCGACUGGACCGGGUCAUCCGCGUCCACCGCCACAUCCACAGCAUCCGCAACGCACACAGCCGAUGGGAGCACAUGGCAUCAGUGCACCCGAACCGCUGAUCGUGGUGGAGGAGUCCAAUCUGCCGGAGGAGCAGGAGGACAGCUCGGAGCCGACGGUCUCGAAUCGCGGCAGCCUGGACAUCGACUCGCCCGUGAAUCCGUAUCUGCUCUCGCCAUGGCGUGAUCCUCGCGAGGCACGCAAGCAUUCCCUGCCCUCGCAGCAGGUGACCGACGGCAUCACCGCCAGCCAGGUGCGCCGGCUCUCGGAGCGAGGUGGCGAGGGAUCGGGACCCACACCCAAGGAGGCCGCCUUUCUGGCCACACUGUCGCAGGCUCCGGCGCCCACCGGACGUCGCCACUCGGUGGUGACCAUCUCCAAGGUGCCCACCACUCUCUUUGGGCGCUCACGUCGCGAAUCCGUGGCCGCGUAUCCCAACAGCAAUGGGAGCAGUCGGGUGCUAAAUUCCCGGCGGGAGAGCAACACAGGACCCCCAUCGACAGACCCCAUCGGCAGCAUACACAAUCUGCAGCUGGACAUCAUGGACGACAUCUACUUGCAGUCGCGCAAGGCGCGCUUGAAGCUCUGGACCUCAUCCAACGAGAAGGUGUGCGAGGUGCAGACCGUCGACGAGGCCGGCUCCGGCCAGCCGGGCCGACGAUUCACCAACCGUCGCUACUCGGAAUGCCCACAGCCAGGAUUGGCCAGCUCCUUUCGCCGCGCCUCCGAGCUGCCGCCGUCGCAGCAGCUGCAUCAGCAGCAGCAUCAGCAGCAGCAUCAGCAGCAGCAGCAGCAGCAGCAGCAGAACUCGGCUCGUGCCUCAACGCGUCGCAAGAAGUCGGGCAGUGGAACUGGACUCCUGGGCAGUCGUACGGACAUCGCCGGCAUAUUUAGCUCGUUGACCAGCUCGGCCAUGGACAUGCACCGGCCGGAACCGGAAGGUCGGGAUGGCAGCUCAAGUGCCAGCUCAUCGGCAACGGCCACGGCGAGCAGCCCGUUUCUCAGCCAAACCUUUCAGGCGGCCGCUCGUGGGCGUGCCACCAGUGCCACGCCCACACCGACGACACACAGCGGAUCACUGGCGGUUGGCGGUGGUGGCGGCGGCGGCGGCGGCGGUGGAGCAUCGGGAACCACUGGCGGACUACUGGAUCCCAAUGCCGGUAGGUCGACGCGAUCCAAUAGCUUCGAUGUGUCGCUGCUGAACAACGCCAAGCAGCUGGUGAGCGAUGUCCAGGACAAUAGUUCGGCCACCCUGUCCGGUUGGUUUGCCAAGCGGCACACGCCCUUGGCGCGCAAGAAGAGUGUCCGCAGCAAGAGUUCGGCGGUGGCGCUGUCCAAGGAUGUGCUGGAGCGGCUGCAGAAGAAGGAUCCGCUGGGUGGUGACUCUGGCAAGCCGAAACUUAAGCCACGCAGCAAGCAAAAGACCUGGGCGGAGUCCACCAAGGCGACGGUGGAUGCCACCAUACUGGGCACGGCCAUCGAGGGUUUCCUGCGCAAGAGCUCCAAUGCCAGCAUGGGCGGCUCGGGAGCGGGCUCAUCUGGUGGCGGCGGUGCCUCCACAUCGGCAGCGGCACGCGGUGCCACGUCCAAGGCGGGCAAGGAUUCGGGCAGCGCCAGCGGCAGUCCCGCCCGUCGCAGUCGACCCUCCGCCAGCAGCUCUGCUCAAUCGCAGGCCGGCCGGGCAGUCCGCUCCACGCUCAAUUGGUUUGGAAAGGCCGACGAGGAUGACUCCAAGGACACGUGCGACGCCUCGCUCUGCGCCACGCUCAAGGACCUCUUUGUCAAAUAGGUCGGGGGGCGCAGAGGCAAGUAAAGCCAUGGGCCAAGUCCCGGCUAGAGCAGCACACCGCCAGCUACUUGCACCUCUGAGAUCGAAAAAUCCUUAUCGAAAUCCGAAAUCCAAAAUCCGAAAACAAAACAAAUCGAACGAAGUUGAAGUUGAAGUUGAAGUUGAAAGCUUAAACAACCGAGUGAACAAUAAGCGCAGCAAACAGUAAUCCCCAUUAAAUUCAUCAUAUAACAACACAGCAGCAACAGAGGCUUAAUGGCAGAUUAAAAGCAUAGCAACGUCUGCCUUUCGUGCGGAAAGGAGAUGCACAUACAUAGUUCACCAAAAUCAAUUAUAUAAUCAGCAUAUAAACAGCAGCACUUACAUAACUCACAAGCAAAAACAAUAAUAAUAAUUGAUAGCACAGGCUUCACACAAAACACGUCCAUUCCAUAGAAUGAAACACCGAGAACAUUGUAUUGAAAGGCACAGACACAGUUAGAUACAACAUGCAAGAUACAGUAAGGUGAAUGAGAAAUUAGAACUACAAAGCAAACGGUAUACCUGGAAUUGGAACAAUAACACUGCAGAAGCUAUCGAUACCUGAAGGAUAAUCAGGUUUGGUGUACAACAGUACGUACACGAGCAGCAAAUGAAGGAUCAAAUGGAGGAAAUAGAACUUAACAGCAAUACACAGUGAAUUACUGCGCCUACAAACACAAACAUACACCUUUAAAAUACUAAAAACCCCCAAUCCUAACCAGAACGGAGAACGGAGAACCGCAAUCGAAGCACCGAUAACCGAUAGCACUGAAAUCCGAUUAACGGUGAACAAUAAGAGUACAAGAGAGCAACUUUUAACGGUACAAGUAACUUUACGCAUAACGGUAAUGGUAAGUGAGCAAGCAGAGACGAAGACGAAGGCGAAACGAUAAGCGAUAGACAGUGAUCGAUAGGCAGAUAGUUAAGCGAUAACCGAUAGAGUUUAAGGCAACGCUGCAGGGGGAGUCAGGGAAGUGGAAUCAGACAUCAGGAAUCGGUGGACACAACACCUCAUCCCAUUUUACCUCUUAUAGCUAAAGAUACAGAUUAAAGAUACAGAUAAAUAAUAUAUAUACGUAUAUAUUCUCAUACAUUUGCAUACCAUUUGUAAUCGACGAGGGGGACGAGAAGGAGUACAAAACUCGGGGAAAUUCGGAGGGCAGAGAAUAUACACAUAUUUUUCUACGUGCAGAGCAAUUUAAGCGGGUCCUUCCUAGUAAGGGAGUAAAGCCCGGAAAAAUGACGAAAAGCAGUACUUGUUGAUGCAUUGCCAAUGCGGCAAUGGAACCACCUACAUGUAUAUCUACAUAUAUGGAGUGUGUGAGUGUUUUUUUUUUUUGGUGGCCAUGCAUGUUCAUGCAUGCACAUCGGAGAAGUACACAGACGUAUUGAAUGUAUUUAUGAGGCAAAACCGUAACCGUGGCAGAUGCACAAAUCGGAUUCAAACAAUCGGGUGAAUCAGGGCAAAAGCUGAUGCCCCAGCAUCACACACGGUUGCCACAACCAUAUCACAAUAAGCAUACAUAUGAACAUAUGAACAUAUGAACACAAUGAAAUCAGCACGACUACGUGCUACGUAUAAACACGUUACAAUAUACGAAUAUACAUGCAUAUUUAUCUACGGAGAAUUAGAAGUAAAUGUCUACAGACUCAAGAGUUUUAAUCAAUGUAAACCACACAAAAAACGUAAUUUGUAUGUACAAUCUGAGCUUACUCGAGGCAAAAAUCAGAAAUUACAAUUCGCAAAACGCAAAACGCAAAAUCGCAAAUCACAACACAAACAGCAAAUGCCAAACUAAAUCGAGUCGGUUCGAGUUGAAUUGAAUUGAAUUGAAAAUCGAAUAUAAAUUAAUGUUCGCGUUGAAUAUUUAAUGUUAAACGUAAAAUAAUACGCAGGCAACAGCAGCAGCAGCAGCAGAAAAGCUGAAAAGCUGAAAAGUGCCAGUUUGGGGGAGGAAGUUUCCCAGGAAGAAGUUUGAAAAUCAAUUAACGAAGAAAUUCAAAUUGGAAAUUCGCAAUUGCAGUAUUGGCAAACAGAGGAGUGUGGAAAAGCCAAAGAGAAAGAGAGGGGCAGAUAUAGAGAUAGAGAUAGCGAUAGCGAUAGAGUAAAAUAGGACAAACAAACAAACAAACCAACAAACAAACAAUCAGUCAAUAUUGCAAUCAAUCAAGUGUGCUUCUAUAUGCGGCAUUUGGCUUUGUCAAUUUGUCAAUUUGAUCAAGAGGCAGCAGCAGCCAAGGGGCGUUGAUGAUGGGCAGUUGGAUGGGCAGGAGAUUGGAGGAGACUGCAAUGUAGUGGCGAAACUACUCAAUAUAACAUACACGAAAUAUAUAUGUAUUAUCCAUCUAUCCAAAUUGUAUCUCAAUGUGCCCGACAAAUGUGUUUUUAGACUUCGAUUUCCAUGUGCGUGUCUCAAGGAGGUAACCCAAAGUUAACUUUCACUUUCAGUGUGUUAUAUAGUGCUUAAGAGCGGCAGAUUUACCUAAAUACUGAUCUAUAUCUCUAUAUACAAUACCUACACGUAAAGAUACAAAUAUAUAUAUACCGUAUAUACCGUAUAUUUCAACUAUUUACAAGUGCGAUCCUUCUUGGUCGCAGCUAACUAAAGUUGUCCACCUUUUUGCUCAUCAUCCUAACUGUUGUUCUAUAUCGUUGCUAUUACCGAUCUACACUAUGUAACAAUAAAUGUGUACAAAAAACGGGCAAAAAAACGGGGGGCAAAUCGGGGGGGAGAAGGGACGAGAAGGGCAUCUGAGGAGUAUCUGAGUAUCUCCAUCUGCAGAUGCCGCGUAGCAGGCCAAAGAAACUCUCAAGUUCUAUUUGUCCUAUUUUUGAUAGUUGUAUAUAUAUAUACUACAUACAUGCAUAUACAUAUACAUAUGUAAUGCAUAUACAAUACGUGUAUACCAUACAUACACGAAUACCAAUAUGGAUGCAAUUUUUUUCGAUUGAUUUAGCAUUGAAUGUGCAUAGAUUUAUGACUACAAACAUAUUCGUAUAUACAUAUGUACUAUGUGAACCCUAUCAAGAUAAUAAUGCUUCCGAGGAAUAUAUAUGUAUGUACACCCAUGAAUAAUCAGCGCGCGCGAAAUCGGAAGUUAAUGCAUUUCCACACAUACAUGCAUACAUACAUAGAUGGAACUUAAAGCGCCGCUGAUUAUUUUCACGGGAUGUCAUUGUCAUUGUUGUUGACGUUGUUGAUGUCGUGCAAUUGUAAUUACCGUUAUUCAAUUGUUGUUAAUGUUUAUCCACAUGUCUGUUUGUGUGCGUAAGACGUAAGACUACAUACGAGCAAGCGGUUACCACCGACUACAGUACUUUAGUAGUGUUAACUGUCAACUGGCAAGUGGCAAGUGGCAAGUGGCGCCCAACGCCAAUAAUAUUCAAUACCCACAACUCUCUUAGUGUGGGGUAUUCGGGAUCAUAGCGAUGCGAAUAUACAUACAUACUCGUAUAUACAUAUAUACAUAUAUCCUAUGUGUGUACUUUGAUUCGAGCGAUCGAUCGAUCUAUGAUUUCGAUGUUUUUUUUUUUGGGCUUUUUGCUGGGUUCCAAGCACCCAGGGGGGAAAAGUGGGCAAAACUACGCAUAAUCUAGUGAGUAAAGAGGCAAAUGGAAGGAGGAGGAGGAGCGAUGGCGGAGGUGACAUGCAUAUAUAACUAAGAUAUAUAUCUGUGUAAAUAACGGGAGGAGCAUUGGGAAUACGUUUGUACAUAAUUAUGCGUACGCUAGCAAGGGGAUAGCGAGAGAAGUUGAGUGUAUUUUUUUUUUUGAAGCCAAAAUCCAAAUGCAAACCGAAUGUAAAACAAUCAAUUGAUGACACAUAAUGUAAAAGAAACCAAAUUAAAUACAAUACAGCUAAUUAAAUGGCGAAUGAGCGAACGAUAAAUCGAGCGGUCGGCAGGCAGUACUUAUACACAUACAUCCGUAUGCAUAUCCGUAUACAUACAUAUGUACUUGUAUGUGUGCUCUUUAUUAGCCGUGACUUUGGAGCAGGAAUCGAGUAAAUUUGAGGACGUCGUAGGAGGAUGUGCACCAGGCGAGUGUACUUUACCGCACAUACAAUACCCAAUAUACAGCUAAAUAUACACCCAUAUACAUCUAUAUAUACAUAUGGAACAUAUAUAUAUAUAUACUUAUAUAUAUAUAUAUACGGAAAUAAAUAGUUUAUGUGUACA